AUGUUUUCACUCUCUUCAAGAUCUUGCACGCAGGACACAUCCCCCCGUGGUGAUGACUCCGGCCGAAUUUCUCACCAAGAACUUCAUGCCAUCUCCCUCGAAUACAUCAAUUUCUCCCUGGAGGCUUGCUCGAACAACGCUCCAAGCCUAUGUCUCCUACAAGCCAUCACUUUGGCGGGCUACUACAAGAUUGUGAACGGGGUCUACGGACCAGCUUGGAGGCUGGUCGGUACCGGCGUUCGGAUCGCGUACGAGCUACGACUUGAUUUGAUUGACUGCAAGGGAUAUGUCAAACCCCCCACUUGCGAGCGUGAGCUCAUGGCUUGGACCGGCGACGAAGAGCGACGGCGUUGUUGGUGGGCAUUAUGGGAGAUGGACAUUUUCGCCUCGACAAUACAGCGUACGCCCACUGCCAUCAACUGGAGUAUGAAUGAGACGUUCCUUCCGGUCUCUGACGAAUACUGGUUCACAAAUACGUAUCAAGCCUCGUGCCUGCUUCAUGGACAGCCUGAAGAACGGUGGAAAAGCCUCAAACAUGCCGGCAAUGAAAACUCUGUUGCAUGGGCCAACCUCUUCGCCUCCUUGAUGCACGACGGACGAAUCUUGUGUCAAGAAAGCAUGAGGGGUAUUAUCCCCUACGCCGAGCAUCAGGACGAUGCCUCAAAGCUCGCCCACUAUUGCAGCCAGGAUUACCGACGAAAGGCCCAAAAUAUGUCUGAUAGACUCUCCAACCUCGUCAGCGCUUACCGAGAUACUGUGCAGAAUCUGCCCGCAUCCCUCUCCUACCAUGGCGAAUCUUUGUCCUUUGAUUUGGUUGGUGGAGAAGAUCCAUUCUCGAUGCGCCGUUCAAGUUCAGCCAGGUACAGCGUUCAAAUGAUGAGCGCUUCUGCAUGCUACAUGAUCUAUCAGAACUACGUCUUUGCAGACGUCGUUGAAGGAUUAGUCCUGAUGUCAUCUUCUACAGCUGGCCACGAGCAUUUCAGACCAGACACUCCGUCAAAAGAAAGACCCUUGGUUCGCAAUGGCUUCAGGAAUUAUCUGGCAGCGAGUGCUAUGGUGCUACGGCUGGUGGCACGUUGUCCAGAGGACCAUGUGCGUUAUGUCAAUCCUUACUACGCGAGCACAAUAUGGAUAGCAGCAGCGAUAUUGGUGUUCAAGAGAAUUGCCUUGCGGGACAAUGCUUCUAACUUUCCACAACGCCAAUAUAGCCUCCUGCGCCGAGCAUAUCUCCAAUUCAGUCAGACUUGGGAGACACCGUCUGCCUUGCUACAGAAUCUGGACUCCCUAGAAGCGAGGCUCGAAACUCGGCUGAAAGAGUUCGAACUAUCGGAGACCAGGGCCUGGAACACUGACAUCGAUGAUCAGCGGAGCAAUGUCGAGACACGAUCUCCCAUGGCCACAGAGACGACGAUGCCUCCAUUGGGUGGGGAACAGCUUUUCCAUGCUUGGCCGGGGAUCAAGGAUCCUCAGUGCCUUACGUCUCAGCCACCGCUCGGGAGUUCGAACGAGAGCUAUCCUAUUUUGCUGGCGGAAGAGGUGGAGUGGUUGUCAACGUCAGAGCCGGGGUUUGACUCCACGAUCAGCCAAGCUUCUUUUCCAGGACAAGACGACAUCACAUGGCCGAAUGAGCUAUUCAUGGAUAAUCUUGCGUGGUAUUCAUCCGAUGUUAUGGCGGGCUUGUCUCAUGGGUACACCACCUGA